AUGAAGUGCCAGGGCCUUACCUGCUGCACAGACCCCCUAAACUGCCGCCCUGCUCUCACAUGCGUAAAAAUCGGCAAACAAAAAUUUUCCUUCGUUGCAAACUGGAAGGCUAGAAGAGCUGCGAUAAACUUGGUAGCAAAUCGAGCCCAACAAAAAAUAGCAUCCGCCGAGAAAAUCGCCGUACUUUUCGACACCACUGUUGCCAAAAGCUGGUGGAACGCAAGCUGGUGGAUUGCAAGCCUCCCUGGAGGAGCGGAUGACAGGCAUGCCCAGUUGUUGCGCGCAACUUUGAUGCAACUUUGCCGCACUUCUUUUUCGGAAUUCCCGGGCUACGUGUUCCAAAACAUGUGCGACAUUUUGGGAGUGCAAUCUGGAGCACAUGCCCCACCAGAUGACGAAGAUAGCUUCGAUGAGGAGUUGCAUUCGCAAACCAAAGCAGCUGUAGCAAAACUUCUCCGCAAAGAAAUGCUUCAGUCCGAUGCCACGACAAGUUGCCCAGCAUCGGAGAACCUUACGCCUGAAAUGGCUGUGCAACAGCUGGAAGAGCUUUUUGACAGGAACGCCAACCGCGACGAGGCACAAGUCACAGAAAUUGACGUUCCUUUAGCGUGGAAAGGUCCUGCAGCGUAUGCCAAAUCUCUCAUUGAUAAGUUUCCUUUCAACCAGGAGCAGCUGGACUUGUUGGCCCUUCUAGUGAAUCCACUUGAAGUUGCGUGGCGAAACCGAGAAGAUACAUCUGUGUACACCUUGCCGGUCGACCUAGGAGUGGAUUUGGAAUUCUUGCCGCCCAAACCUUGCGGGGAGCAUUUGAUUUUCAACCGACACUGCGACCAGUGUGUGUCAUAUCCUGGAGUCAUUCAAGUGCUUUCAAAAACGCAAACGUGGUCUUACACCUUGCCAGACGAGAAAAUUUCAUUGAAGAUCAAGCGGACGGCAUUCCCACUCUGGCCAGAGAAGGCCUGCAGCCUAUACACGAUGCAAGGAACGACAGCGUCCCCCGGAUUAGUGGCGCACAUGACUUUGCCUGCCAGAUCACCGGCAGACAUCAAAUUCUUGGCUGUCUACGUGAUGCUUUCACGCCCUCGCUCCUUCAAGAACUUGUUGACGCUGGGGCUCAACGACAAAAUCCGAAACAUCAUCGAAAGCGGACCUCCUGAAGAACUCUUGGAAACCUUCGCAACCUUGUUUGGAUCCAAAGCUGACGAGACACGCGAAGCAGCCCGGGAGGCGGCUGAACAUUUGGGGUGGCAAGCUGGAGGCUGA